UCAGUCUCCAGCCGUUCUGCGUCUGAGAGAUUGUAGUCUCGCCGUUAACGGGGUAAAUAAGUGAAUAAGUGAACAUGUCAAACAAGCAGCAAAUUCACAUGAAACUAAAGAUCAAGCAAUUUCGUUUUGUCAAAGCUUCAGACGUUCAGCGUUGCAUGUCUGUAAUAGCGCUGAAAGCAGUUUGUGUCCCUCUCGCCUGGCUCUCUUCCGGACGGCGUUUGAUGACGGAGGGUUUUCUAUUGUUCGGCUCCUAUGGUCUCAGCGGGUUUUGCCUUUCUGCCUGAAAUCCUGUCCCGGGGUGAACCAGUAUAUAUAAACGACGGGAGUGAGGUGGGCGAUGUGCACACAUACAUAAAUCAGCUCCACGCGUAACGUCGUCAUGUCUACUAGCGGAGAGAAGUCCAGCAAGACCCCCUCCCAGACUGAUGGGAGGACUGCCCCAGGCAAGACGUCCGAUCCCGGCAUGAUGGCCUACAAGAUGUGUGUUUUCGACCAGGAGAAUUUCCAGGGCAAGUGUAUGGAGAUUACUGGAGAGUGCAUGAACGUCUGUGAGGGCGGCAUCGACAGAGUGCGCUCCCUGCGCGUUGACUGUGGCCCCUUUGUCGGCUACGAGCAGAUGAAAUUCUGUGGUGAGAUGUACGUCCUAGAGAAGGGGGAGUACCCUCGCUGGGACUCAUGGAGCAACAACUACAGGAAUGACUUCCUCAUGUCCUUCAGGCCUGUCAGAAUGGACCCAGAGAAGCACAAGAUCUGCCUGUACGAGGUCGGGGACUUCAAAGGGCGCAAGAUGGAGAUCGUGGAUGAUGACGUGCCCAGCCUGUUUGCGUACGGCUUCACCGACAGAGUCGGUAGCAUCAUGGUGAGCUGUGGAACCUUUGUGGGAUACCAGUACCCCGGUUACCGUGGCAGCCAGUACCUGCUGGAGAAGGGUGACUACACUCACUUCAAUGAGUACGGCGCCUGCCACCCCCAGAUGCAGUCCAUCAGACGCAUCCGUGACAUGCAGUUCCACCCACACGGCUCCUACGUCAUGGCCAAUCAGUGAGGGGCAAAGAGAGCGAGGAAGACAGAGGAGGGGGAAGAGGGGGAGGAGAGGAGCCUAGUUUAACAAUGAGGCCUGGACUGUAGGUCAGGCGCUCGAUUGGGACCCUACAGGGGAGAAAAGAUCGAGGUGCUUAGCACUUAGCGUGCAUGCUAACAGGCUAAUGUCAUGCUCCUUCGUCAACAUUCACAUUUGAAAUAUAAGUACGGCAUAAAGAGACUUACUGCUAUCUUUCAGUGUUUUUUCUUUUAUUUAAAAAGAGAAAUUGAUUAAUUUCUUAAGAAAAAACAAGCAUUUCAGAGAUAUUGAUUAGUAUAUUACUACUUUGUCUACAUCUACUUCAAAUGUUGGUGAAGCCAUGACAUAUAAACAUAAUGAGGUAAUUAGAUAAUAAAUAAACUAAAAUAUCUCUGAAAUGACAGACCAUCCCUCAGCCCUUCUCUUUCUCUCUCAGAUCUCUCCCAAAUUUGUUAUGUUAUCUUUUAUUUCCCUUUUUCUGUUAAUCCCCAUUUCCUGGAUCCCAGCAUGGAAACACACCGAUAAGACACACUAAUAGCCAGUCAUCUCGCUAAUGAAAUGCCUUGCGAUGGGAUCUGAUGUCCCAUCAUGAAAAUACCUCCCGUUGAAAAAAGGAAUACAUUGAAAUUAACACACCAGUGUACAAAUUUCUUGAA